AUGAUUUGCCAUCAACAACUCCUCGCCUCCAUGAUGACACCAAAACCACGUGUCUUGCCGUCAUCAACACCUCUUCUUGUCAUCCUCUUGACAACCUUCCUCUUUGUUACGUCACUCCUUUGUCAUCACUCUGUUGCAAUUCCCUCCUAUUACACAACCAAAUCAACCACAGACGGCGAGCUUGUACAAAUCAAUUUACUCGAACGAGAAAUUGAAGGUUUCUUUUCCACACUCAAUCAGCAUCCCAGCUAUAAAUUUGAUACACUUCUCGAUGAGUAUUUUCCUGAUUUGAAAUACAUCUCUCCUAAUACAACAAAAAUCGAUGGUGAUUCCGCUGCUUCCACAACCACCACUAAAAUCCUAGUCAAUAACCUUCAUGUUCACAUUCCUCACAUUGGAUAUUCGGGUCCUGAUAUACCUAAAAAUUUGCCACAACUCAAAAUAGCCACCUUUGUCGGAAAUGUUCGAGAUUUACGAAAUUUAUUCGAAAAGGAUUGGAAAAAGAAUUUCAAAUCUGUUCAAGUAGUUUUUUCUAAAUCAGACAUUAUUUAUAUUCCAGAUGAAGCUGAGAGGAAUAUGGAUCUCAUCCAAUCACUCACCAGUAAAAGUCCUGAAAAGCAUGCCACAAUUUUUGAGAGUAUGAAUUUAGAGCCUGGUGUCGAACGCUUCUUUGUUGCAUUCCGAAGAAAAUACUUGAUUGUUCACAAGAAUCAUUUGAGAAUGUCUUCGGAUGGAGUCACAUUAAUGUUGUGGGAAAAGAAUACUCAACCUAACAGUAAGAAGAGACCCUAUCUUGUGAGAAUGUGGCAUGAGGUCUAUGAUCGAGAUUAUUUUGUUUAUUUGAAUUAUGGUGAAAGAUUUCCAACUCCAUAUGAACAUGAACCAGAGAGUCAAUCUAAAUUUUAUCACGUUCUCACUCGUUUCUUUAAUAACCAUGAAGAUGAGAGAGGAAAUCCACGUCUCGGAGUGACUGAAGAUAUGAAAAGUGGUCACACUCCUGAACGUGUUCUCGCCAGACUAUUCCCAUUGACAGCAGAGGAAAAUUCAAAACUUCAUGAAAUGAAUAAGGUUGUGAGUCAUAAUGUUGAAUUUGCAUUCCCAAUCAGUACUCAUCCAGUGUUUGGAUUAGAAGCUGCUAGAAAAUUCUAUUCAGCUCUCAUUUCGAAAAAUAAUGUGGAGAGAGUGUUCAUGUACUUGACAAGUCCAAUCUUUUCAUAUAACAAUGAUUUUGCAGGUGCAUCCGUGACAUAUCUCAUCUAUCCAAGCAAGACAAUGAAUGCUGAGAAUAUCGUUCCUGUCACUUGUAAUGCCAUCAUUCACUUUUCAAUUAAUCACUUGAACAAGUUGACUCGAUUCCAUUCCUAUUUUGAUCUCAAUGCUUGUAUUAACAAAUUGGCCACUGGAAGUGCUACAAGCAAAUGGGUCACUGUAGAGUUGUAA